AUGAGCAAGUAUUACGGCGACUCAGAGCAAGUGUCACUCCAAUCAGUCUCCAUGCCCAAAAGCAAGAAUCUUUUGUCUCCAUCAAUCUCUUGCCGGAACAUCGACACGUACUCGCAGCCGCCGGCGGAGCUCGAGAUGGUGUUUGCGGCGGUAGAAAAUCACAACCAGAAACGGUUCCUCGAAAAGUACAACUAUGAUAUAGUGAGGGACGUCUGA